AUGAUGAAGCUGUGCGCCUGGACUCGGCUUCGUUUCGUUUCGUUUCACCCACCACCAAAACCUGACUGUCUCGACAAUGCCUCCCGUCUCCUUCUUCCUUCGACAAACCCGAAGGUGUUGAAUGAACGGUCAAUGGCACGAAUAACGCUCUUCCGAUUUCCCAAUAAGCUUCGCCGGCGCGUGCGGAGGAACCGAAUGGCCACCCUGCUGGCUCUCCUCGCCCUGGCCGUCCUCCUGGUCGUCCCCUUCUACAUCAUCUACAAACCACCUCCGUUUGUUAUCAACUACUUUGCGCGAAAAUGGCCCGACGUACUUUGGCAGGUCAAGACGGACCAGAAGAUUAUCGGCCUCACGAUUGAUGACGCGCCAUCACAACACACGGCCGAUAUUCUCAACGUCUUGAAGGAGAACGAUGCACACGCGACCUUUUUCCUGAUUGGAUCCCAGAUGAACGGUCGCGAGGAAGAUACGGGCGCCAUAAUCCAGUCUGGCAGCGAGCUGGGAAAUCACGGCAUGCACGACGAAGCUUCACGGUCUCUCCCUAUAGAUCAGUUGGAGUCGGACAUAUUCGAGGUCAGGCGGAAGAUCAAGAUUGCAUACGAGUACGAGGAUAAGCCCCUUGUAGCCGGAUAUUUUCGCCCAGGCUCUGGAUUUUUCAGCAACAAGAUGCGGAGGCUGGUCGACAAAUUGGGAUAUAGGAUGGUUCUGGGGAGUGUUUACCCACACGAUGCCCAGAUCAGUUCUUGGCGGACGAAUGCCAACCACAUUCUGAGCAUGGCACGGCCAGGGGCUAUCAUCAUAUGCCAUGACAGAAGGAGUUGGACCGUCCCCAUGCUACGGAAGGUACUCCCGGAGCUGAGGAAACGGGGGUAUAGGAUUCUCAACCUUACGGAGCUUCUCAAAGAAGUCGAUACAGACAAGUGA